AUGUCAUCAGGGGUGGACUCGUCGGUGACGGCGUUGAUGUUUGCGCAGCGGUACCGGAACGUCCGCGGGGUGUUCAUGGCGAACUGGUCGCCGGACCGGAUGGCGGACUCAAGCUCGACGUGCACGGUGGACACGGACUGGCUGCAGGUGCGGGCGACGUGCGAGCAGCUGCAGAUCCCGUGCGAGCGGGUGAACUUCGAGCGGGAGUACUGGACGCAGGUGUUCGAGCCGAUGCUCGAGCAGUACGAGCGGGGGUACACGCCGAACCCGGACAUCGGGUGCAACCGGUACGUGAAGUUUGGCAAGAUGGUGGAACACCUGGCGAGGCGGUUUGAGGGCAGCGGGAGGCGCUGGUGGCUCGUGACGGGCCACUACGCCCGGAUCCUGCGGGACGAGGCCGGCGAGCACCGGCUGCUGCGGGCGCAGUACCGCCAGAAGGACCAGAGCUACUACCUUGCCCGCAUGCCGCACGACGUGCUGGCUCGUGUGCUGAUGCCGCUCGGCCACUACACGAAGCCCCAGGUGCGCCAGAUCGCCCGGGAGUACGACCUCGUCACGAAGGACAAGCCGGACUCGCAGGGCCUCUGCUUCGUGUCGCAGGCGGGCAAGUUCGCCGACUUCCUCGGCGACUACCUCAGGCCAAACCCAGGCAACAUCGUCACCGCCGACGGCCACGUCUGGGGCCGCCACAAGGGGCUCUGGACGGCCACCAUCGGCCAGCGGUCCGGCAUCAGCAUGCCGCAGGGCGACCCCCGCUACAAGGGCGUGUGGCUCGUUGCCGACAAGAACGUCGCCCGCAAUGAGCUCGUCAUCGCCCGCAAGGACGACCGGGAGGCCUUCUACCGCAGCACCGUGGCCGUCGACCCGGCCUCGUGGUACUGGCAGGGCGCCCGGCUCGGCUGGGACGCCGUGCAGCACCUACUGCGGACGGGCGCCAACGUGAACUGCCAGAUCCGCUCGCUGCAGACGCCCAACACCGUCAAGAGCGUCAGCUGCCAUGACGGCGUCCUGCGCGUGCAGCUCGCCGAGGAGAUCUUCGGCAUCGCCGCCGGCCAGACGCUGGCCAUCUACCACGACGACGUGCUGCUCGGGUCGGGCGUCAUC